GCCAAGUGAGGUAAGCAAGGAGAGCGCGCACUCACCUGGCACACACRUGCACAGUCAUGUCUACCCCGAAAUGUCCGUUCAGGAAGUGACCCCUAAGUCUCCCAAGUCUCCAAAGCACGUUGCCUCAGUUGGAAUCCCUCCAACACCACUUGAGAUACACAUACCCAGGACAGUGUUCUACGGUGUGGGGGAGGUAUUAGAGAACAAAAGGCCAAGCCUCCAAAGCGAAGAUGACCAGAGCUGCGAAGGAGAGGGAGGGAAAGGUGUGGAGAGGAGGGAUAGUUGGAGGAUCGGCAAGCCUUUGUCUCGUAUCGAAUCCCUGCGAGAGAAAAUCCGGCAGAGGGAGAAGGAGAGGCUGAGGAACAUGGAGGGAGCGGUAGCAACGGGGGAUGAUGGAGAUGCGACUGAGGGAAUGAAAAAGGCUGGGACUAGAAGGGUUAGAAGAGCCUCAAGUUCAGAUAGGUGUGAUGAAGGAGAGAGGGGGAACGAAAUGGGGCGAGAGARACAGAGACAGGAASGCUCUGCACAGCAGACAACAUCAACUCAGUUUUACGUCACACAGGAAGUGAGCGUGUCGAAAGCCGACCCUGAGCUUCCUGUUCCUCUCUCAUUCUCGCAAUCUGUCAAAGGAGAGGAAGAAACCGAUCACACAAUCGAGAGAGAGGAAGAUCCAAUAAAACAUGUAGUAGAUGAGUUACGGUGUGACAGGGGUCGGCAGAGAAAACAGGACACCAGAGGCAGAGGAGGAGAAGUAGGAGAGGAUAAACUCUCGGAGGAAGAGGACAGGUUGCAUUAUCUGUCUCCUUCACGCUCUCCUUCACCCUCRGACUCUUUCUCCCCCUCUCUUGCUGAGAUGAGCCGGAUCUAUAGCUUGAAAACAGUGGGGCCCAGGACGGCGGGGUGCAUGAGUGAGAGGACCGUGGAUAGGCCUAUCCCUUCACACACACCCAAGGUACAGUCCCGCAUAUCAGCAGAACAACAGGAGCCAAGCAGUCUGGAGAGAUCAGGUGGGGUGCUGACACAGAAGCAGCUGUGGGGUGGUGGUGGGGCAUCUGGGAAUAAGGCCUCUUGUGAUGAGAAUUCCGGACUUCAGAAAAUACAGCGUCAGGUGGAACAGCUUCAGUUGCGAGAACAACAGGAAGUACAGAGACUAUCACACGACGACAACGCAGCACAGUCGACUUUUAGUAAAAGAACAAAUUUGAAAGCUAAAGAAUCUGAAGCUCAGCAAAGCACAAGGAUAUCACACAACCAGCCUAAUAAGGAACCUCAACAGAUGCAUCCGAGGCAAAAGSACCAGCAAACACCCCUAAAUCCCAGAAAAUCUCAGUCUAAGCCGCAACUGCACUCUGAAAGGCCUCCUCAACCCAAUCAGCCCCGAUCCAUUACCAUCAACUCCAGGUCUCUCCUGACCCCCUCUCCUGAGAACUCAUUACACCCAGACCAGGGAGUCCCACCUACCACAUCAUCCUCCCCAUGCUCACCCUCCCCACCCCAGUCCCCCUCCGUCUCUCCCUCCCCKUCCCCUUCUCCGACCCACUUCACCAUCAGAACAGUCUCUGGAGGCCAGCAGGUCAAGAGGGGCACCACCAUCACCAUCACCCCCAGGAAGCCUGUUGGAGGGGCAGCCGUGGAAUCGGUUUCAGUAUCCUCAGGAUCCCCGGUCAAGACGUCUACCAAGGCCCAGAUAGCUGUCCUAACCGAGGUAGUAGAGAGAGGCAAGAAGAGAUACCCCACUACGGAGGAGAUCGAAGUGAUCGGCGGGUAUCAGAACCUGGACAAGUCCUGCCUGGUCAAGACUCCCAAAGGGACUCCCAAAGGGGUGAAGGUGUGUUUCGACGAGACCCAGCUGGAGCAGGUUUUUGAAUACCAAUCAGAGGCCUCUAUGAUAGCCUUUACCCCCUACCCCAUACCAGGUCAGGAGAAAGGGAAUGAGGAUGAGGUGCAGGAGGAAGAGGAGGAGGAGGAGAGAGGAGUGUUUGUGUCCGGGAGCAGCAGGAACGUGGGAGCAGCGGCUGGCCUGAGAGUGCUGAGAAUAGAUGAGUCUUGCCAUCGGUAGACGUCAGCUCGCCAAAUAGCCCAAGUGAUGUUUCAUAUUUGAUUUUUGUUUCCCUGUAUUUUGUUUAUUUAAAAUUAUAGAAUUAACGUGGGUAAUCUUCUUUGAUGUUCCAUGUUUUAUUUUACUUAGGGUCAGGGACUAUUGGUUUUGAAUAAAAAAAAKAUUUUUUUUGUGCAGUUUAUGAGUUGAAUGAUGGCGCAUGUAGCGGAACCUGACUGGACUUUUGAUUUUGAUUUUACUUCUCUAUUUCAAGGUAGAAGUGCAAAAGAAAUAUAAAAACACAGUACAUAUUGUAGCCUAUAAGUUUGAAUAUAUAAAAGUGUUGUAUUUUUACCAUCAGGUGUGUACUGUUGGGUGAUGAUCACAUGUCAAUGCAAGUUAGUGGAUUACAAAAGUAAUGUAAAAGGAUCCGGUCAGUUUAGUUUUAGUUAGCUUAGUUCAACAACACAAUGGCCCUACUGUAAAUAAAGGUUGCAUCAGCACUGUAACGAUUCAGGCUGCAUUCCCUCUAGUGCACUACUUUUGACCAGAGCCMUAUGGGCCCUGGUCAAAAGUAGUGCACUAUAAAGGGAUUAGGAUGUUAUUUUGGACGUAUUCUCAGUGAUGCUUAUAUCAUCUGGUCCCUAUGCCUGCUGGAUUUGCUCAUACAGAUUAUAUAAAGAUCAGGUCAUCCACAAGUCCAAGAUAAAUGUUGAGUCUUGUGAACAUCCCUCAUAUGUACAGUGUCUUCAGAAAGUAUUCAUACACCUUGACUUAUUCCACAUUUUGUUGUGCUAAAGCCUGAAUUC